AUGCCGCGUGCUAGUGGUGGGCGGUGGCGUGGCCGGGCUGGCCGCCGCCGCACAGGCUCGCUGCAUGGGCGCCGCCGUCAGGCCUUCGACACCCGCCCCGCUGUGCGCGAGCAAAUCGAGAGUCUUGGGGCGCAGUUCAUCACAAUGGAUAUGAAGGAGGAAGGUGCUGGAGCAGGCGGAUAUGCGAAGGAGAUGAGUCAAGAGUUCCUCGACGCUGAGAGGGCACUCCUCGGGAAGGAGGCUAGAACCUCUGAUGUGGUUAUCACCACUGCUCUUAUACCUGGGAAACCAGCGCCAGUUCUGAUUCUCGAGGAUGCUAUCCGUGACAUGGCUCCCGGUAGUGUGAUAGUAGAUUUGGCAGCGGAGAUGGGUGGCAAUGUUCAAACGACGAAGAAAGGUCAGAUCUCCAAGAUACACGGAGUGACGCACAUCGGUUUGACAGACAUGCCCAGCAGGAUGCCUGCACACGCCUCCACGCUAUACGCUAACAACAUCUCCGGAUUCCUGUUCAGCUUGGGUACAAACGACCACUUCCACAUCAACUUGGAGGACGAAGUGACCCGUGGCGCUAUAGUGCUGAAGGCCGGAGAGUUGCUAUGGCCAGCCCCGCCUCCACCCAGCAUGGCGGCCGUGCAAGCGUCCUCGCCGACACCCUCUGCAGUCGCCAAACCAGAACCACCGAAUCCAUUCAAUGAGACCUUGAAAGAUGCAUUCUUGUAUUCCACAGGAUUGGCUGGUUUGAUUGGUCUGGGAAUAGCGGCUCCUAAUCCUGCUUUCACGACAAUGACGACAACCCUUGCACUAUCAGGCGUGGUGGGGUACCACACGGUGUGGGGCGUGGUGCCGGCGCUGCACUCGCCGCUGAUGUCGGUGACCAACGCCGUGUCGGGCAUCACGGCCGUCGGCGGCCUGCUGCUCAUGGGCGGCGGGUACCUGCCCGAGACGCCAGUACAGUGGUUGGCGAGCACAGCAGCGCUCAUAUCGUUCGUCAACGUGUUCGGCGGCUUCCUCGUCACGCAACGCAUGUUGGACAUGUUCAAAAGGCCAACUGAUCCCCCAGAAUAUGGAUACCUGUAUGGAAUUCCGGCUGCAGCUCUUCUCGGCGGAUACAUCACUGCUGCCAUGCAGGGUUACUCCGAAGUUCACCAGAUUGCUUACCUCGCGUCAUCAUUGUGCUGUGUUGGAGCACUUGCAGGUCUUAGCUCCCAAACCACGGCUCGCAAAGGAAAUUACCUUGGGAUGAUUGGUGUAUCGGGAGGUAUUGCCGCCACACUGGGAAUCCUCACGCCAAGUCACCCAGUGUUGGCCCAAAUGUUGGGAGUCGCUGGUAUUGGCGGUCUUAUUGGCAGCACUAUUGCCAAGAAAAUUGAAAUCACUGACCUGCCGCAACUUGUGGCUGGUUUCCACAGUCUUGUCGGCAUGGCGGCAGUGUUGACUUGCCUGGCCACGUACAUGCAUGACUUCCCCGCGAUGGCGAUGGACCCCACGGCCGCCACGCUGAAGACAUCUCUCUUCCUUGGCACGUACAUCGGAGGCAUCACAUUCACCGGAUCUCUGGUGGCAUACGGCAAGCUGCAAGGCUCGCUGUCGUCAGCCCCCCUGAUGUUGCCGGGGCGGCACGCCAUCAACGCGGGGCUGCUGGCCGGCUCGCUGGGCUGCGGCGGCGCGCUGCUCGCCUUCCCCGACGUGCCCGGCCUGCCGCUGCUGUCCGCCGCCGCCGUGCUCAGCGGCAUACAGGGACUCACCCUCACCGCCGCUAUUGGAGGUGCGGACAUGCCCGUGGUGAUUACAGUAUUGAACAGCUACUCUGGCUGGGCGCUGUGCGCUGAAGGGUUCAUGCUGAACAACUCUUUGAUGACCAUUGUUGGUGCACUUAUCGGCAGCUCUGGUGCUAUUCUUUCAUACAUUAUGUGCAAGGCUAUGAACAGGUCUUUGCCUAAUGUAAUCCUGGGCGGAUACGGAGUGACGAGCAGUGGGUCGGCGCGUCCCGCCGGCGCCACCCACACCGAGGUCACUGUGGACUCGGCCGCCGAGCUCAUCCACCGCGCCUCCAACAUUAUUAUCACUCCUGGUUACGGUCUCUGUGUUGCUAAAGCGCAAUACCCCAUCGCGGAACUGGUAGAUAUCCUAAAGGGUAUCGGAAAGAAAGUUCGUUUCGCCAUCCACCCUGUUGCAGGUCGUAUGCCGGGACAGUUGAACGUACUGCUCGCCGAAGCUGGCGUUCCCUAUGAUGACGUGUUUGAAAUGGAAGAAAUUAACGACGAUUUCCCCGAAACUGAUCUCGUAUUAGUCAUUGGUGCCAACGACACCGUGAACAGCGCUGCGGAGACCGACCCUCAGUCUCCUAUCGCUGGCAUGCCUGUACUUAAAGUUUGGAAAGCGAAUCAGGUGGUAGUAAUGAAGCGAUCGAUGGGUGUCGGUUACGCCGCUGUCGACAACCCCAUCUUCUACAACAACAACACCGCCAUGUUGCUCGGAGACGCCAAGAAGACUUGUGAUGCGCUACUCGACCGCAUCAAACAUCUCACCGCUUAA